GGUAUGUGCCGGGUUGGCUCGGCGCCGCCCUGCCCGCUCGCUGACGCCGCCGGGCUUUGCCCCCAGGUCCACGCCUGGGAGAUCUCCGACCAGCUGCUGCAGAUCCGCCAGGAUGUGGAAUCCUGCUACUUCGCGGCGCAGACCAUGAAGAUGAAGAUACAGACUUCCUUCUACGAGCUCCCCACGGAUUCCCACGCUUCCUUACGGGACUCUUUGCUGUCCCACAUCCAGAACUUGAAAGACCUGUCACCGGUCAUCGUCACCCAGCUUGCUUUAGCAAUAGCAGACCUUGCCCUGCAGAUGGCUUCUUGGAAAGGCUGUGUACAAACACUGGUUGAAAAGUACAGCAAUGAUGUGACAUCGCUGCCCUUUCUGCUGGAAAUCCUCACGGUGCUGCCAGAAGAGGUUCACAGCCGAUCCCUGCGCAUCGGAGCCAACCGCCGGACCGAGAUCAUAGAGGAUCUGGCCUAUUACUCCAGCACAGUCAUCUCCCUGCUGAUGACGUGUGUGGAGAAAGCGGGCAACGAUGAGAAGAUGCUCAUCAAAAUCUUCCGGUGCUUGGGGAGCUGGUUCAACCUGGGUGUCCUGGACAGCACCUUCAUGGCAAACAGCAAGUUACUGUCCCUCCUCUUCGAGGUGCUGCAACAAGACAAGACGUCCUCAAACCUCCACGAAGCCGCUUCGGAUUGCGUGUGCUCAGCCCUCUACGCCAUCGAGAACGUGGAGACUAACCUUCCCCUGGCCCUGCAGCUUUUCCAGGGCGUCCUCACCCUCGAGAGUGCCUAUCACAUGGCCGUAGCGCGGGAAGACCUUGACAAGGUGCUCAAUUAUUGCCGUGUUUUCACCGAGCUGUGCGAGACGUUCCUAGAUAAAAUCGUGUGCACGCCGGGCCAAGGGCUGGGUGACCUGCGGACGCUGGAGCUGCUGCUGAUUUGUGCCGGUCACCCGCAGUACGAGGUGGUAGAAAUUUCAUUUAACUUCUGGUACAGACUGGGGGAGCACCUGUACAAGACAGACGAUGCUGUCAUCCACAGCAUCUUCAAAGCCUACAUCCAGCGCCUGCUCCACGCGCUGGCCCGGCACUGCCAGCUCGACUCCGACCACGAGGGUGUCCCAGAGGAAACGGAUGAUUUUGGGGAAUUCCGGAUGCGGGUUUCGGACCUGGUGAAAGAUCUGAUCUUCCUGGUGGGCUCGGUGGAAUGUUUUGCUCAGCUCUACGCGACUCUGAAGGACGGGAACCCGCCCUGGGAGGUGACGGAAGCCGUCCUCUUCAUCAUGGCCUCCAUCGCGAAGAGCGUCGACCAGGAGAACAACCCGACACUGGUGGAGGUGCUGGAGGGGGUGGUUCGCCUCCCCGAGACGGUGCACACCGCCGUCCGCUACACCAGCAUCGAGCUGGUGGGGGAGAUGAGCGAGGUGGUGGACAGAAACCCGCAGUUCCUGGAUCCCGUGCUGGGUUACCUGAUGAAGGGGCUGUGCGACAGGCGGUUGGCCUCGGCGGCGGCCAAAGCCAUCCACAAUAUCUGCUCGGUGUGUCGGGACCACAUGGCUCAGCACUUUAACGGGCUGCUGGAGAUAGCCCGUUCCCUCGACUCCUUCACGCUCUCUCCAGAGGCUGCUGUGGGGCUCCUGAAAGGGACAGCCCUGGUCCUCGCCAGGCUCCCCUUGGAGAAGAUAGCAGAAUGCCUCAGCGAACUCUGCGCCGUGCAAGUGAUGGCGCUGAAAAAGCUGCUCUCUCAGGAGCCAAGCAAUGGCCUCUCCUCAGACCCUACUGUGCCCCUGGAUCGACUCGCUGUCAUAUUCAGACACACCAACCCCAUUGUAGAAAACGGACAGAUCCAUCCGUGCCAAAAAGUCAUUCAGGAAAUCUGGCCCGUGCUGUCGGAGACCCUGAACAAACACAGUGCCGAUAACCGCAUCGUGGAGCGGUGCUGCCGGUGCCUGCGCUUCGCCGUGCGCUGUGUGGGCAAAGGCUCCGCCGCGCUGCUGCAGCCGCUCGUCACCCAGAUGGUGAACGUCUACCGGGCGCACCAGCACUCCUGCUUCCUCUACCUGGGCAGCAUCUUGGUGGACGAGUACGGCAUGGAGGAGGGGUGCCGGCAGGGGCUCCUCGACAUGCUGCAGGCGCUAUGCAUCCCCACCUUCCAACUCCUAGAGCAGCCCAACGGCCUUCAAAACCACCCCGACACCGUGGAUGACCUCUUCCGACUAGCAGCCAGGUUCAUCCAGCGCAGCCCCGUCACGCUGCUGCGCAGCCAGGUGAUGAUCCCCAUCCUGCAGUGGGCCAUCGCCGCCACCACCCUGGACCACCGGGACGCCAACUGCAGCGUCAUGAAGUUCCUGCGCGACCUCAUCCACACCGGGGUGGCCAACGACCACGAGGAGGACUUUGAAGUGAGGAAGGAGCUCAUCAACCAGGUGAUGAACCAGCUGGGCCAACAGCUCGUCAACCAGCUGCUGCACACGUGCUGCUUCUGCCUGCCGCCCUACACCCUGCCCGACGUGGCCGAGGUGCUCUGGGAGAUCAUGCAGAUCGACCGGCCGACGUUUUGCCGGUGGCUGGAGAACUCGCUGAAGGGGCUACCAAAGGAGACGACGGGGGGAGCCAUCCAGGUCACACACAAACAGCUGACGGAUUUCCACAAGCAGGUCACGAGGUGAGCAGGGCUCGGGGGACCUCCGCAGCCCCCUCCCGCCCGCUGCUGGCCACCGCCUGG